AUGGAAUAAAUAAAAAACAAGAGACUCUUAGUGCUCAUCUUAUUGAUUAGUUCUCUCACAUUAGGAUUAGGAGAACGUAAUUGUCAUUUUCGAUAUGAUUAGCGACCCAAGUUUGCGAUGAAGGCCACUAUUUGUCAGGUCAAGUUUGUCAAAGUUGUUCUACAUAAUGUAAAUAAUGUAGUAGCGAAACUAGUAAUCUCUGUUCAUUGUGCUAUGAUGGAUAUAUGGUUUACAAUAAUGCUUGUUAAUCUUGUGGGUCUGGGUGUUAAACAUGCUAAUUAUAACAAUCUGGUUUAAGAAUCCUAUCUGUGUCAGGGGAAUCUAGAAUAUUAUCAGGAGAGCCUGCCACAGAGUGUACUAUGUGUUAUGCUGGGUAUUAUUUGGAAGGGCCUGUUUGCAAAUAAUGUGAAAAACCAUGUUCAAGCUGUGCUACUUAUUCAACAACUUGUACAACAUGUAUUGACAUUACCAAUUAAAAUAUACCAACUUGUGAGUGUUAAUCGUCUUAAUUUAUGGACGCUUGUUUAACAUGUACUGCAUAAAAUACAUGUUAAACUUGCAUAGAAGGUUAUUUUUUGGAUAAUGAAUCAUGCCAAAAUUGCGAAUUACCUUGUAAAACAUGUGAAUCAACUUCAACUAAAUGUUUAUCCUGUGCUUUAGAAAAUUAAAUGGUAGAUCCGCAAUUCUAAUGUGUUUGUGCUAAUGAAUAUACAUAAGUAGAAGGGAAUUGCGAAUAAUGUCAAAUUCCAUGCUUAAAUUGCGAUCAACGAGUUGAUUAUUGUAUUUCCUGGUGGGCAAUGUGUUUGUCAAUUUGGGUAUUUUUUGCAUAUGGAUAUUCUUAACAAUAAAGAAUGCUAAUAAUGCUCUCCUUCGUGUGAGAGUUGUUAAAAUGAGUCUACAGAAUGUCUUACUUGUCUAUAUAGUAACUAAUUUGUUGAUUCAUAUCAUUAAUGUGUUUGCAAAGAAGGAUUUUUUUUUAAAGAUAAUGAUAGUUUAGAUUGUACCCAAUGUGGUGUCGCAUGUUAAAUUUGUGAUAACACAAGUUGUUAGAAAUGUAUUAAUGAGAUGAUGGAAAUUUAAGAUUAAUUAUCUUGUGUCUGUCCAAAAGGAUAUUAAUUUUUUGAAAACAACUGCUUUUAAUGUUAAUUACCUUGUAGUAAAUGCAUUGAUCAAACUGAUAUUUGCAUUGAAUGUUUGUAAUCAAAUUCAUCUUUAAAUGAAAAUAAAUGCAUUUGCGAUUCUGGAUUUGGACUAUCAUAAACAUCAUAAUAAUAUUGUUCUCCAUGUUAGUUUCCAUGUUUGGAAUGUUCAAGUGAUGUUAAUCUAUGCACUAGGUGUUCUGAAAUUGGACUAUUUUACCUAGAGAAUUCAAAAUGCAGAUGUCCUAGUGGAUAUUUUAUGUAAGGUCCCGGUUGCAUUAAAUGUUCUGAUGAAUGUUAAGAAUGUAAUUUUUAUCCUGAUUAUUGUUUAAAUUGCAGAGACUUAAAUUAUGAGUUCAAGAACAAUGGAUGCUUUUGUCCUUUUGGAUAUUAUGUUGACAAUGCUUUGAAAUGUUCAAAAUGUUAAGAACCAUGUCAAACUUGUUAAUAAAACUCUGAUUUUUGUUUAUCCUGUGUAGAUCCUCUAUAUGAAUUAAUUAACAAUUCUUGCUAAUGCCCAAUAAGUUAUUUCUAAUUAGUAGAAAACAAUAAUUUUAAUUUAUCAGCAGGAUGUCAUACAUGCAACGAAAUGUACUUGAAUUGCAUAGUAUGUAAUUUAUCUUAUUGUCAAUAAUGCUAAUAAGGAUAUCGUUUUAAUGAGAAUUAGGAAUGUUUGAAUGCUAUUUGCGGAGAUUCUAUUAUUGUUGGCAAUGAAUAAUGUGAGGAUGGCAAUGAUAAUGAAUUUGAUGGUUGUUUUUAAUGUCAAUGUGAACUAGGAUGGAUCUAAAAUGAAUUAGGUUGUUAGACCAUUUGUGGAGAUCAAGUAAUUGUGACUGGAGAAUAAUGUGAUGAUGGAAAUGAAAUUCAAUUUGAUGGAUGUUAUUAAUGCAAAUAUGAUUGCAAUGAAUCUUGCAUUGAAUGCAUAGAAGGACGUUGCAUCAAAUGCAAAGAAGGAUUUCAACUUGAGGAAAAUGAAUGUAGCAUUAAUUGUGGAGAUGGAAUUUUAAAUGUUUUAACUGAAUAAUGUGAUGAUUCUAAUAACAUUCCUAGAGAUGGUUGCAAUAAUUGUCAUUUAGAAGAUGGUUUCAUAUGUUAUUGUUAAAACGAAUUGCUAUUUCAAUCUUGUGAAAGAUGUUCGGAUUAUAAUUGUUUAAAAUGUGCCAUCUAAAAUUAACAGCAGGUCUGUCAAAAUUGUAUAGACGGAUAUUUUGUUGAUGCAACUUAAGGUUGUUCACAAUGUGAUAAAAUUUGUCUGAAAUGUACAAACUCUCCCAAAAAUUGUGAAAUUUUUGAUUCAUCAAUUUAAUAACUAAAAGAUUGUAAUCAAAAGCUUGGAUUCUACUAUGAUUAUCAACUUAAAGAUUGUGUUUCAAAAUGUGGAGACGGUAUUAUUAGUGGAUAAGAACAAUGUGAUGAUCUAAAUACUAAUGAUUUUGAUGGGUGUAAUAAUCAAUGUCAAAUUGAGUCUGGAUACUUGUUUAAUUUAAAUAGUCUAUCCUUGAUUAAUGAACCAUUCAUAUAAGUUUAAUCCCAGUCUUCUAGUAAUAAUCAAUAUUCUAUAUAUGCUGAGCAAUUCUAAGAUACUAUCAAUUGUACUGGUACUACAAUGAAUAUUGAACAAUUCAAUUAAACAGAAUACAAUUAUACAAUUAUAGAAUAAGGAUUAAAUUGUGAUAUUUCGAUGCAAUACUUUAAAACUGUAGAACCUUCAAAUCUCAUUCAUGUCCUAAUCAAAUUCAAAAAUCACCUCUCCAAAAGAACAUUAGAUGAAUCACCUACUAAAGAAAUCGUUAUUGUUCCAAAGAGAUAGGUAUAUGCAACUGAAGAGCAAAAGGAGUAAGGAGAGGCUAUGGCUAGUACUUCCAAAUCUAUAUCAUCAUCCAUUGUUGUAUUUGCCCCAUUAGCAUUAUUAAUUGGAGGCUUCAAGUUUAUUUGGGCUAUUCUAGAUAUUAUGAGUUGGAUGAAUAACUUUUAUUUCUUAAAUGUAUAAUACCCAGAAAAUGUAAGACUCAUUUUUUAAUAAGCUGAAUGGAACAACAUAAUCAAUUUUCCAGAAUUCGAUAUCUUCAAUAAACCAUCUGAUGAAUAUUACUUUCAAGCUUAAAUUAAAUUCACUGAAAAAGAUGUUGACCCAUUAUUUUUUAACAAUGUUUAAAUUGUUAUUAUUUUUGUGUUUCAAGUUCUUAUUACUUGGCUGAUUUGUUUUAUAAUAAGAAAAACAAUUUAGGCUUAUUAUAAAAAAAAAAUUAGGAUCUAAAGUGCAAAUCAUAAAAUAUUUUAAUUGAAAACUAAUUAAUAAAAUCAAUCAAUUCUCGAAAAUGAAAUAUUGUAAUCCACAAUACAGAAUUAAAUUACCACUUUUGAAAUUCCAAAUCAACUCAAAUCUAUUUACUUUUCAUGUUUAGAUUGUGAAAGAUCAUUUGUUGCUAAUAUGUUAAAAACUAUAUAAAUAAGUUAUUUAGAUAUUCUUUUGGCAAUAAUAUUACAGAUUACCAAUUAAUAGACAGCUAACAAUUCUAUUGUUAAAAUCAACGUCAUAUUAGCGAGUCUAUCUAUUGGCAUUGUAAUUUUGUUGAUUUAUUUAUCUUAUCAAAUUUCGGUUUAACAUCAUUUGAAAUUGGAAAAUCAACAUUUUAGUAGGAGAUUUAACUGCUUCUAUGAAGAUGUAAAAACUAACUCCAAAAUAUCUAUGAAUUACUCUUUUUUGAAUAUGUUAAGGAAAACUAUUUUUAUUAUAGCAACAGUGAUUUUAUAUGAUUUUCCAAUAUACUAAACAAGUGUUUGUUUUUUAUCGUGCUUUUUGAACAUUAUCUUAUUAAUGCACUGUAAUCCAUUCAAUAAUAGAUAGUAAUAUAUUCUGAACUUUAUACCUGACUCUUGCAUAUGUAUUAUAGUAGGUAUAACCAUAACUUUUGCCUUUUAAGAUCAAUUUCGAUUACUAGAAGAUGAUAUGAUUUAUUUUUUAGGAUGGAUUGUUGGAGCCUGUAUUUAUUUAUCAAUAUUAUUGUAAUUACUGUUCCUAAUAAAAGAACUUAUACAAUCAAUAUGGGAGAAAAUUAGAAACCUAUUUGUAUAUUUGAAAAAAAAAUUUAAUUUAUGA